GACGCCUGGUGAAUUCCUGGGCAGUGGGUUUGAGGGUAGCUCCGGGGGUCGGGCGUGCGGCUCUGCUGAAGCAAGGGCAGGGGCCGAGGGGCGAACCUGGAGUGGUGGGCGCGGGUCCGGAGCCUGCGCGGACGCAGGGGACUCCAGCAGCCCCAGUGCCACAGUCAAGGAAACAGAAGCCGGAGAGUGGGAGCGACGAGGCCGGGCUUCCUGGCUGCUCCUCUGGCCAUUUCACAACUCUUGCCGCCGUCCUGGGGUGCCUAGGACGGGGCCCGGCCUCGGGAAUGGUUCACAGUGACAACAGCGGGAGCCACCAUUGAUUCGGCGUCUGCUGGGUGCAAAGCCCGGCGCUAACCCUUGACUGGCGUCUUUUCACUACACCUUCACUACAGCCCGGCGAGGAGACUUGUGGAUGGUGAUGGGAAGCAGUGCUAAGCCGCAGUGCAGAAGCUCUCGAGUAUGAUUCGAAUUGCAGCCUUAAAUGCCAGUUCCACGGUUGAGGAUGAUCAUGAAGGAAGCUUUAAAAGUCACAAAACCCAGACAAAGGAGGCCCAGGAAGCAGAGGCUUUUGCCUUGUAUCACAAGGCCCUGGAUCUGCAAAAACAUGACCAGUUUGAGGAGUCUGCCAAGGCCUAUCAUGAGCUGCUGGAGGCACGCCUGCUGCGAGAGGCAGUUUCAUCUGGUGAUGAGAAAGAAGGACUGAAACACCCUGGGCUGAUGCUGAAAUAUUCCACAUAUAAGAACUUAGCCCAGCUGGCAGCCCAGCGAGAGGACCUGGAGACAGCCAUGGAAUUCUACUUGGAGGCGGUCAUGCUGGACUCCACGGAUGUCAACCUCUGGUAUAAAAUCGGACACGUGGCCCUGAGGCUCAUCCGGGUCCCCCUGGCCCGCCAUGCUUUUGAGGAAGGGCUGCGGUGCAAUCCUGACCAUUGGCCCUGCUUGGAUAACCUCAUCACUGUCCUGUACACCCUCAGCGAUUAUACAACGUGUCUGUACUUCAUCUGCAAAGCAUUGGAGAAGGAUUGCCGGUAUAGCAAAGGGCUGGUUCUCAAGGAGAAGAUAUUUGAGGAGCAGCCUUGUCUCCGGAAAGACUCCCUCCGAAUGUUCCUUAAAUGUGACAUGUCAAUCCAUGAUGUGUCAGUGAGUGCAGCUGAGACACAGGCCAUCAUAGAUGAGGCUCUGGGGCUGCGGAGGAAGAGGCAAGCACUGACCGUGCGGGAGAAGGAGCCAGACCUGAAGCUGGUGCAGCCCAUCCCCUUUUUCACCUGGAAGUGCCUCGGAGAGAGUUUGCUGGCCAUGUACAACCACCUCACUACCUGCGAGCCCCCGCGGCCCAGCCUCGGCAAGAGGAUUGACCUGUCUGACUACCAGGACCCCAGUCAGCCUCUGGUGCCCUCUGUGGUGCUGGCGCCUGUCAGCGUGAUCCAGCCAAGCCCUGUCAGUGCCAACCCAUCUGUGACCGUGGCAGAGCCUGUGCUUUCCUACUCCCCUGUGGCCACAGCCAGCUUCCCGCUGCACAGCCCCAGCCUCCUGGAGACAGGUGUCCCUAUGGGCGACAUUUCUGGGGGAGAUAAAGCCAAGAAGGGAGUAAAGCGAAAAAAAAUUUCAGAAGACAAUGGGGAGACAGCAAAGCGGCGGUCUGCUCGCGUCCGAAACACCAAGUGCAAAAAAGAAGAGAAAGUAGACUUCCAGGAGCUUCUGAUGAAGUUCUUGCCAUCCAGGCUGAGAAAACUGGACCCUGAGGAGGAAGAUGACCCCUUCAAUAACUACGAAGUUCAGUCAGAAGCCAAGCUGGAAAGCUUCCCAAGCAUUGGGCCUCAUAGGCUGUCGUUUGACUCGGCCACAUUCAUGGAAUCUGAGAAGCAGGAUGUGCACACGUUCCUGCUGGAGAAUUUGACCAAUGGGGGCAUCCUGGAGCUGAUGAUGCGCUACCUGAAGGCCAUGGGUCACAAGUUCCUGCUGAGGUGGCCCCCGGGCCUGGCGGAGGUUGUGCUCACCAUCUAUCACAGCUGGAGGAGGCACAGCACCAGCCUGCCCAACCCGCUGCUGAGGGACUGCAGCAACAAGCACAUCAAGGACAUGAUGCUGAUGUCUCUCUCCUGCAUGGAGCUCCAGCUGGACCAGUGGCUGCUGACCAAGGGUAGGAGCUCUGCAGUGUCUCCUCGAAACUGCCCUGCUGGUGUGGUGAAUGGCAGGUUUGGACCUGAUUUCCCGGGAACCCACUUCCUGGGUGAUCUUCUGCAGCUGUCAUUUGCCUCGUCUCAACGGGACCUGUUUGAGGAUGGCUGGCUGGAGUUUGUGGUCCGUGUGUACUGGUUGAAGGCUCGGUUCCUGGCAUUGCAGGGAGACAUGGAGCAGGCCCUGGAGAACUAUGACAUCUGCACAGAAAUGCUCCAGAGCUCCACUGCCAUCCAGGCAGAGGCAGGGGCUGAGCAAAGAGACAUUGUCAUCCGGCUCCCCAACCUCCACAAUGACUCAGUCGUUUCCCUGGAGGAGAUCGAUAAGAAUCUGAAGUCGCUGGAGCGGUGUCAGUCCCUGGAGGAGAUUCAGCGGCUGUACGAGGCUGGUGACUAUGAGGCCGUGGUGCACCUGCUCCGCCCCACCUUGUGCACCAGUGGGUUUGACCGGGCCAAGCACCUGGAGUUUAUGACGUCCGUUCCUGAGAGGCCAACACAACUGCUGCUGCUGCAGGAAUCCUUGCUCCGGCUGAAGGACCACCGGCAGUGCUUUGAGUGCUCUGACGUGGCUCUGAACGAGGCGGUCCAGCAGAUGGUGAAUGCGAGUGAGGCCGCAGCCAAGGAGGAGUGGGUGGCUACAGUGACCCAGCUGCUGCGGGGCAUCGACGAGGCGCUCUCGGCAGACAGCAGUGGCAGCAUCCUGAAGGAAUCGUCCUCUGCCACUGGCCUCAUCCGGCUCACCAACAACCUCAUCCAGAUCAUCGACUGCAGCAUGGCUGUGCAGGAAGAGCCCAAGGAGCCCCACGUCUCCUCAGUGCUGCCCUGGAUCAUUCUGCAUCGGAUCAUCUGGCAAGAAGAAGACACCUUCCGGUCUCUGUGCCACCAGCAGCAGCUUCAGAACCCAGCGGAUGAAGUGAUGGCUGAGACACCCAUGCUCCCAUCCUCCCUCAUGCUGCUCAACACAGCCCACGAGUAUUUGGGCAGGAGGUCCUGGUGUUGCAAUUCAGACGGGGCUCUGCUGCGAUUCUACGUACGAGUUCUCCAGAAGGAGCUUGCUGCAUCCACCUCUGAAGACAUGCACCCCUAUAAGGAGGAGCUGGAGACAGCCUUGGAGCAGUGCUUCUACUGCCUGUACAGCUUCCCCAGCAAGAAGAGCAAGGCCAGGUACCUGGAGGAGCACUCUGCCCAGCAGGUGGACCUGAUGUGGGAGGAUGCCUUGUUUAUGUUUGAAUAUUUUAAGCCCAAGACUCUUCCUGAAUUUGACAGCUACAAGACCAGCACUGUCUCUGCCGACUUGGCUAACCUCUUGAAGAGAAUUGCCACCAUUGUGCCCCGCACAGAGAGGCCGGCCCUGAGCCUGGACAAAGUCUCUGCAUACAUUGAGGGGACCUCGGCUGAGGUGCCCUGCCUCCCAGAAGGGGCUGACCCCUCCCCUCCAGUAGUGAAUGAGCUCUACUACCUGCUGGCCGAUUACCAUUUUAAAAACAAGGAGCAGUCCAAGGCCAUCAAGUUCUACAUGCAUGACAUCUGCAUCUGCCCUGACAGGUUCGACUCCUGGGCAGGUAUGGCCCUGGCCCGGGCCAGUCGCAUUCAGGACAAGCUGAAUUCGAACGAGCUGAAGAGCGACGGGCCUAUCUGGAAACAUGCCACGCCUGUCCUGAACUGCUUCCGGCGGGCCCUGGAGAUCGACAGCUCCAACCUGUCCCUGUGGAUCGAAUAUGGUACCAUGUCUUACGCUUUGCACUCCUUUGCCUCCCGCCAGCUGAAACAGUGGAGAGGUGAGCUGCCCUCCGAGCUUGUCCAGCAGAUGGAGGGCCGGCGCGAUAGCAUGCUAGAGACAGCCAGGCACUGUUUCACGUCGGCGGCCCGCUGCGAGGGUGAUGGUGAUGAGGAGGAGUGGCUCAUCCAUUACAUGCUGGGCAAGGUGGCUGAGAAGCAGCAGCAGCCGCCCACUGUUUACCUGCUGCACUACAGGCAGGCUGCCCACUACCUGCAUGAGGAGGCUGCUCGCUACCCCAAGAAGAUCCACUACCACAACCCACCUGAGCUGGCCAUGGAGGCCCUGGAGGUGUACUUCCGGCUCCAUGCUUCCAUCCUGAAGCUCCUGGGGAAGCCCGAUUUUGGGGUUGGUGCGGAGGUCCUGGUCAACUUCAUGAAGGAGGCUGCAGAAGGACCCUUUGCCAGGGGCGAGGAGAAGAAUACACCCAAAGCUUCAGAAAAGGAGAAGGCCUGCCUGGUGGAUGAGGACUCCCGCUCUUCAGCUGGGACACUGCCGGGCCCCGGAGCCUCCCUUCCCUCCUCCUCUGGCCCAGGUCUGACAUCCCCACCUUACACAGCCACUCCGAUUGACCACGAUUACGUCAAAUGUAAAAAACCCCACCAGCAGGCAACGCCGGACGAGCGCAGCCAGGACAGCACGGCCGUGGCACUCUCUGACUCCAGCUCAACACAAGACUUCUUUAACGAGCCCUCCAGCUCGCUGGAGGGGUCCCGGAAACCCUACGUUGAGAAGAGGCUGCCUGUUCCCAGUUCCCAACCAGGACCAACCAGUAAAGACCUCCCAGGGGCCACAGAGGAAAGAGGGAAAACUGACGAAUCCCUGGAGAGCACAGAAGGCUUCCGAGCCACAGAGCAAGGCAGCCAAAAGCCUGUUGCAGAGCCCCCAGCCUCUGCCUGCAUCCCUGCCAAGUCCUCAGCAUCUGCACCCACGCUGUGGGACGGGAGGAAGAGAGGGGACCCCUCGGGGGAGCCAGCAGCCUUCCCGCAGGGGCUGCCGGCUGGUGCUGAGGAGCAGCGCCAGUUCCUCACGGAGCAGUGCAUCGCCUCCUUCCGCUUGUGCCUCAGCCGCUUCCCCCAGCACUACAAGAGCCUCUACCGGCUGGCCUCCCUGUACACCUACAGCAAGACCCACCGCAACCUCCAGUGGGCCCGCGACGUGUUGCUAGGCAGCAGUAUCCCGUGGCAACAACUGCAGCACAUGCCGGCACAGGGGCUCUUCUGCGAGAGGAACAAGACCAAUUUCUUCAACGGCAUCUGGCGAAUCCCCGUGGACGAGAUCGACCGGCCAGGCAGCUUCGCCUGGCACAUGAACCGCUCGAUCGUGCUGCUGCUCAAGGUGCUGGCCCAGCUCCGGGACCACAGCACGCUGCUGAAGGUGUCCUCCAUGCUGCAGCGGACCCCGGACCAGGGCAAGAAGUAUCUGCGAGAUGCUGACCGCCAGGUCCUGGCGCAGCGGGCCUUCAUCCUCACUGUGAAGGUGCUGGAGGACACGCUGAGCGAGCUCGCUGAGGGGUCAGAACACCCAGGGCCCAAGGCCUGUGGCCUCCCUGGAGUCAGGAUGACCACCGAUGUCUCCCACAAGGCCAGUCCCGAAGAUGGCCAAGAAGGCCUCCCCCACCCCAAGAAGCCCCCUCUGGCUGAUGGCUCGGGGCCGGGGACCGAGCCAGCCGGCAAAGAGUGUCCUGUCAACCACCGGCCUGUGGCCAUGGACGCAGGAGACAAUGCAGACCAGGGUGGGGAGCGGAAGGACAAGGAGGGCCCCCGUGUGGGCCCCACUGAGCCCAUGGACACAGGUGAGGCUGCCACCCGCCGCUCAGACUCAGAGCGGGCACUGCCCCUGCCGCCAGGCCGCUCCCCUCGGGAUCGGGCCCCUGAGAGCCGGCCCGCCGAGCUGUCCCUGGAGGAGCUGAGCAUCAGCGCCCGGCAGCAGCCCAGCCCGCUCACACCGGCCCAGCCAGCCCCCGCCACUGCCACCACCACAGCCCCCACCGCUACCACUGCGAGGGCAGGUGGCCACCCUGAGGAGCCACCUCCACGGCCCACCCGCAAGAGGAAACUCCUGGAGGACACGGAGUCUGGCAAGACGCUCCUGCUGGACGCCUACCGAGUGUGGCAGCAGGGCCAGAAGGGCAUGGCCUAUGACCUGGGCCGCAUCGAGAGGAUCAUGUCUGAGACCUACAUGCUCAUCAAGCAGGUGGACGAGGAGGCCGCGCUGGAGCAGGCUGUGAAGUUCUGUCAGGUCCAUCUUGGGGCUGCCGCCCAGAGACAGGCCGCAGGGGACACACCCACCACCCCAAAGCACCCCAAGGAUAGUCGGGAAAACUUCUUCCCUGCGGCCGCGGCCCCGGCCCCCACCGCCCCUGACCCUGCGCCAGCAGCGGAGACUCUCCAGCGGCCCGGUGACACCCACGCCAAGCCCCGUCCUGCGCCGGCUGCCGCCACAGCUGUCGUCACCUGCGCUCCCACGGUGUCAGCCUCCGCCCCAGACCCAUCCAAGGACCCCGGGGCCCCCCAGCCACACAGGCCUGAGGCCACCCCCAGCACCGCCUCGCUGGGUCCAGAGGGAGAAGAGCUGGGAGGAAGGGCAGAGGGUGCCAGCUUCCCGCCCCAGGAGCCUCAGUGCAGCGAACAGGUGAAGAUGGCCCCCGAGGGCCCCCCGGCAGAGCCACACUGCUGGCCAGCAGAGGCUGCCCCCCACGCAGGCACCGAGCCCACCUGCAGCCAGGUUGCCAGCUCCAAGGUGCCCAGCAGUGGGAGUGCACAGCCGCCCGAGGACCACCAGGGCCAGGCAGAGCCCAGCCGGGUCAAGUCUCGCCUCCUGCCCAACAUGCCAAAGCUGGUCAUCCCCUCAGCUGCCACCAAGUUCCCCCCUGAGAUCACCGUCACACCGCCCACCCCAACCCUGCUAUCGCCCAAAGGCAGCAUCUCGGAGGAGACCAAGCAGAAGCUGAAGUCAGCCAUCCUGUCUGCCCAGUCGGCUGCCAAUGUGAGGAAGGAGAGCCUGUGCCAGCCGGCCCUGGAGGCCCUGGAGACAUCAAGCCAGGAGUCCUCGCUGGAGAGUGACACGGACGAGGAGGACGACUACAUGGACAUCUGAGGGGCCAGAGCUCCCAGCCACGCUCCGGGGCCCAUGAAGCCCGCCAGCCGCUCAGCCUCCCUCCUACUGGCAUCCUCCUGCCCGCCGGGGUCGGGGGCCGUCCCCACCAAGUGGGGCCCCGAGGAGGCUGAGCUCAGCCACGCGGAAAUGGAUGGACGGGGGAAGCGGGCACGGGCCAGCGUCUUUUUCUAUGAAACAGUGACUGUAAAUGUGCCCCAGCCCAGCCCAGGAGGCCGUUCACACCUCGAUGCCCAGACAGGCCAGACAAGCCAGGCUCUGCCUGCGUCACAGUGGAAGGGCCAGUUAGGGUCGGGCUCA